AUGGCAGAGUCAAGCAGCUGGCACGAUACCUUAGAAAUCCGCCCUCGCCCCAACCAACAACCCCCAACCCGCGACACCGCCCUCCCCGAAGCUACCAUCACCGCUACCGCUCCCCUGGCAGCCAUCUACGCCUCGAACACUUUACAAAACACAUCCGGAAGUAGCGAUAUCCGAAUCCUCCUCCUCGCCCCCUCCCGAAACCCUCACGCAAACCUCUCCGGAGCCUUAACAGUCAUCUCCCUGCCCAGCUCCGAACAAUUCGCAUACGAAGCCCUCUCAUACACCUGGGAUGCCCCCCUGCAUUCCCACGGCCAAUAUCUCGGCGUCGGAACUCUCUGGAUUGAAGAGAUCCCGGUCUGCAUUACGGGAAAUCUUAGCGCUGCACUCAAACGGCUCCGGCAGAGGGAUCGGGUUCGUGCCCUCUGGGUCGAUGCGGUGUGUAUGAAUCUCGAAGACCAUUUCGAGCGUGCGACGCAGGUGCAUCGCGUGCCUGAGAUUUUUGGGAGCGCUGUACGGGUGAUUGCGUGGCUUGGGGGGGAUUACGAGAGUGGUGGUGGUGGUGUUGGGGAGGCGUUUGUUUUGGCGAGGUCUGUGAGCCGCGAGAUGAUGGAUUGGGAUGGUGAUGGUGAUGAUGGAGAGGACGGGAGUGGGAGUCUGGAGGAUGGUGAUGUGCGACAGCUCUGGGAAUGUGUUAUGCAGAGACGGUUCUUUCAACGAAGAUGGGUUUUGGGAGAGCUCGCUUGCGCUGACAAGAUCUUGUUCGUUUGUGGCGCGGCUUCCAUCUCGGAUCAGGACUUGCUUGCGUAUAUCGACGGAGCGCAUUGGUCGACGUUGACGGAUUCCUUCCAGUCCUCGGAUCUUGUCCGCUUUUUCGAUCGCCUGAGAGGAAUGAAAUCGCAGUCUAUUCUGGAUAUCCUCUACACGUUCCAAAAUUUCGGGUGCAGGGACGAUAGAGAUCGGAUUGCGGCUUUUAUGGGGGUUUUUAAGGGUUCGAUGGGGAAGUUUAGGAUGAGCUACGAUGUUGAGUGUGAGGAGCUUUAUUUUUUGUUCGCGGGUUGUUUGAUGGAGGAUCGUAAUUGCGUUCCGCAGCUUCUCCAGGCCGCUGCGUUUCAAGCGAAGGAAAGAUUUGAGACGGGUGAUUCGAGGCUACAGACUUGGGUCCCGGAUUGGAGAAUGAAAGUGCCCAAACCUGCGAAGAAUUUUUGGUGGGGGAGAGGUGGAGAGAGAUCUGGGAGUAUGGACUUUCAGACAUUGAAUUCUGGGGUUUUGCGAGCGGAGUUGCCGUUUUAUGGUUACAUACACAAAGGCUUCUCGCAGACUGAAAUGGCGUACGACGAGAAUGCUAUUCUCCCGAUUGAUGGGGAUUGUAUUUGUGGGCCUAUGUGGAGCGAUUUCGAAAUUGGGGAGGAGGUGGAGGAGGAGGAUGUUGAGGCUUGCUAUCUUGUCCUUAGACCUGCUGACGGCGGUUGUUAUACUAUUGUUGGGUUUUGUGGGGUGUUUCUGGAGGGAUUUGUUUCAGUGGGCGAGAAUGCGGUCAAGGAAUUUUGGAUCGCGUAG